UUGUGUGCGUUGCUUUGGAUUCCAAGCAUCUACAGAUUUUCUCGUGUCCUGGACAGAAGGAAACGCCUCCUAAAGUUGAAGAAUUACCGAAUGUUUAUCAGAAGAGGAAGUCUGUGUUAAGCAGCAGCGGGGAGAGGACACAGCGCAGCGAAAGCUGAGAGAAACCCACAAAUAAAACAGAGAUCGGGCACAACACGGAUCCGUGGACAGUCACUCUGGCUCCGAUGAGUAGUGUCACCUUCUCCUGCCUGGGAAUCCUCGCCCUCCUGCUGCAGGUUUGCAGUGGCGAAGGAUCACAGCGAUGCGAGGGGUUCGAUAAAGACUCCUACGUUUUCGAGGUGGAGUCUCUGGCGGUGGGUCAAGUACUUGGCAGAGUUCACUUCAACUGCAGUGAACAGAAUGGCCUGGAAUUCCAUACGGAUGAUCCCUCUUUCCAAGUGGAAUCUGAUGGAAGGGUUCUUGUUAGUGACGUUCCAUCAACAAACCAAACCAGCUUUAUCAUCGUUGCAUCGAGCAAGGCAGAAGAUGCAUGGAGAACAGUCAUUACCGUGCUAAUAAGUGGUGACAAGGUGAAAGGUUCUGCAGAGGACAAGUCAGAGGUACCAGUGUUCAUGUGGCCUUCACAGUUUUCUCAUUCUGCGUUGAGACGAAGGAAGCGAGAUUGGAAGACUCUGGUCAUCAAGCAUUCAGAAAAUGAGCAAGGCCCAUUCCCGAAGUACCUUGCACAGAUCAAGUCCAAUCGGCAAAAAGAAACAACUGUACUUUACAAUAUAACAGGCCCAGGAGUCAAUCAGCCACCUGUCGGCAUUUUUUCUAUAAAUAGAGACGAUGGUAAAAUUUAUGUGCAUAAACCUUUAGACAGAGAAGAAAGAGACAAAUACAAACUGUUAGCUCAUGCACUAGAUGAAAAUGGGGUUCAAAUUGAAGAUGCAGUGGAUGUUGUCAUCGAAGUCAUUGAUAUGAAUGAUAAUAGGCCACAAUUUGUUGCCCCAACUUUCUAUGGCAGGGUUGUAGAAGGAGCUACACCAGGUACUGCAUUCAUGAAUGUGACAGCCACAGAUGCAGAUCAGAAAGACACUGCUAAUUCUAUAAUCAAAUACUCCAUUGACAGUCAAGAUCCAACCAGUCCUAAUUCACAGAUGUUUACAAUUAAUUCAACAAGUGGACUGAUCAGUGUGCUGCGUGCAGGUCUGGACUGGGAGAUAGUGGAUAAAUACACGUUGAUUGUUCAGGCAGCAAAUAUGGAAGGUGAAGGAAUGACGACCACUGCCACAGCAAUAAUCACAGUCAUCGACGCAAAUGAUAAUGCCCCAACAUUUGUGAAUUCAUUGAUUUCUGUCGAAGUCCCUGAAAAUGAAGUGGAUCAUGAUGAUGUGUCAAUACACCCUGUAACUGAUGAUGACCUGCCUGGUACACCUGCUUGGAAAGCAAAUUUCACUAUAACCUUUGGGAAUGAAGAAAAACUGUUCACAGUGAUUACUGACUCACAGAAUAAUGGAGUCCUUAAAACUGUGAAGCCUUUGGACUUUGAGAAGAGCAAACAACAUGUGGUGAUAAUUGAAGUAAAGAAUGAGAUACCAUUCACCGUUAGCAUGCCACUGUCUUCAGCUACAGUAACCAUCAACGUGCUUGAUGUCAACGAAGCUCCAAUAUUUAAUCCAGAAACCAAGACCGAAAAGCAGUCCGAGAAUCUACCAGUUGGGAGUACAGUAACUACAUGUAAGGCAAAGGACCCUGACACAGCUCAGGAGGAAACUAUCAGAUACCGGAUGGGAAGUGACCCAGCAAACUGGUUUGACAUUGAGGAGGAGACUGGCAUCGUUAAACUCAUCAGCUCUAUGGAUCGAGAGUCAGAAUUUGUUAAAGAUAGUAAUUAUACCGCAACAGUCCUUGCUUCUGAUAAUGGGAGUCCACCUGCCACUGGUACUGGGACCAUUCUUCUGCAGCUUGAAGAUAUCAAUGAUAAUCCACCCAUUGCUACUUCUCUUAUUAACCAUGUGUGCAAUGAAGAUCCUGUCCCUGUGAAUGUGACCAUUAUAGACAAAGACAUCCCACCCAAUACUUCUCCUUUUGUGGUUAUGCUGGUUCAUGGAGCUGAGAGAAUCUGGACAAUUGAAUCAACAGAGAAUCCUCACAUGAAGCUGUUAAAGCUGAGGAAUAAAAUUGAACCUAAUACGUAUGAAGUCCUUCUAAAAGUGACAGACGGUGGGACACCACAACUCUCUCAGGUUACAGGAUUGCAAGUGGAGGUGUGUGACUGUGAAAAUGGUGCUUGUAGCCAGAAGAUUGCUGCUGGCAGCUGUAGCCUUCCUGGCAUUUUGGCUAUUCUGGGUGUUAUCUUGGCUUUGUUGAUGCUCCUGUUUUUCAUAAGGAAGAGGCGAAAUGUCAAAAAACAAGCUAAUAAUGCCCAGAGAGGACAUUCGGGGUAAUGUUUACUAGAAUGAUGAAGAGGCUGGUGGUGAAGAAGACCAGAACCUGAAGACUGCUGACAAUGAUCCAACUGCUCCCCCCUAUGACUCCCUCUUGGUGUUUGAUUAUGAAGGUGGUGGUUCAGAGGCAGAAUCUUUAAGUUCAGUGAAUUCAUCGAAUAACUCUGAUGCAGACCAGG